UUAAGAAUCGUUUGGUAGCUAUAGAGUCGACAAAUAGUAUAGGUGCAAAUUUUUAUUUGAAAUUUGAAAAACAGGCCCUGGCUGGGUAGCCUUAUCUGGGACUAUCUAAAUAGCACGCUCUGUUUUUGGCCCGAAUGGACAACAAGACGUCCAGAAGUUCUUCAGCGACGCUAACGGUAGACCAAAAUAGGUCUUACUUGCCAGGAGAUUCUGCAAGUUCCAAUACCUCGGAUGGGCAAACCAAAUUUUCACUGCCUGAUACACCACGUAGUUAUUUAUUCGGGUCAAUUUCCUCAGAUAAAAAUGAGUUAUCAUCAGAAAAGCCUAGCGGGACCUUACGUGGUGCAGAAGCUGCCAGUGAAUCCGAAUCAACUCCUAGCAUUCGUGCGAAGCAGUCGAAGGUUAGAGCACCAAAAGGUAAAGAUAAUAGUUCAGAGAGCGAAGAUAAGAGAGGCGCAAGCAAAGCUGAUCAAACAAAGAGUACUCUUGGGAAAAAGAAAGGCAAAAUGAAAAAAAGCAAGGCGCAAACUCAGUCAGAAAGAAUGAAAAGUUCUUAUCGGGAAAGACAGCUGAAGUCUCCUCCGGCAAAAUUAGAACUAGACCACGAGUUCCCUGAGGAGGCACGUACCCUGCUAACAAACGAACAAGCCAACAUUAUACAGUAUACAGCGUUCGCCAACUUUGACAAAUUCAUGUGGGCCUGCUAUAAAGGGGAUAUAAGACUGGGAGAUCUGCUGCCUAUGGAUUCUUCGUACUCCGCUGAAGUCUGCUAUAAACAGCUGCAAGUUGCGGCUGAGUCCUUGAAGAAGAAAGGUACUGGAACAAUUUCAAGCGCACCUCUAUGGAAGGAGCUCCUUUGGGCCUUUCACACUUUCAUCUUUCAAAUUUUGCUUAUUCAAGUUGGACUCGUGAUAACUUAUACUGGACCGAUUUACUUCGUCAGGAAUUUAAUUCGAUCGUUGAUGGGACCAUCUCCGAUACCAGCCGCUUAUUACUGGAGUUUUGGCGUGUUUGCCAUCAGUUUGUUGUACUCAAUAUUUGUAAAUCAUCUCUUCUAUCGCAUGUUCAGUGGAGGGCUUCAACAGCGCGCGGCCCUUUUAACUUCCCUGUAUCAUAAGGUUUGCUGUUUUUUUCAAGCCAACAGUCUACAUAUGUGUUUGACGAUUCAUCGUGACGCACGAAAACGAUUUAGUCCAGGCGAUAUCCUCAACUUUGCGUCGGUGGAUAUCCUUCAAUUGUUUCAAUAUACGCAACUGUGCGGACAAAUGAUUGGUAUUCCAACACGCAUGCUGAUCGGAUUUUUCAUCUCAUACGACAUGCUCGGACCCGGAGUGAUCGGUAUAUUUACCGCAGUUAUCGUACUCUUCCCACUCAGCAUCUACAUCGUUAUUAAGCUUGAUAGCAUCAACCGUGCAUGUAUGUUGGAGAAGGACAAAAGACUGAACAUCGUCAGCGAAGUCAUGGAAGGAAUAAAAAUUAUCAAGUUAUUUGGCUGGGAAAUUGCAUUCUCCAAGAAGAUCAGCGAUUUCCGGGAUAGCGAGUCAGGAAUAUUAAAGAGCUUCAUUAUGCUCGAGCUGGUCGCAAAUGUUGUGUGGAAUAGCAGUCCAUUUCUUAUCGUAAUAGCAACAUUCGGUAUUUUGUUAUUCUGGGACGGCGACUACCCGCUUACGCCAGAUGUGACUUUUGCCAUGCUGAUGUUAAUCGGCACUCUUCGAGCUUACCUUACUCAGUUGCCUAUAGUAAUAUCUAGACUCGUUCAGGCAAGAACGGCUGUUAAAAGGAUGGAGACUUUUCUACAUUGUGAGGAUAUGGUUGAAACCGUUGAUCGCGAGCUCGAAGAUGAUUCACUUGUAAUUGACAUCCGCAAAGCGACAUUCAGUUGGGGUCAAGUUAUCGCCCUAAAAGACAUUAAUCUUCAAGUAAAGCAUGGCGAGCUAAUCGCUGUUUUGGGGCAGGUGGGUGCUGGUAAAACCUCCCUAAUUCAAGCGCUCCUUGAUGAAAUGAACAUACGGUCUGGAAAAAUAGCUGUUCGCAAGGUUAAAAAAGCAUAUGUACCACAAGAAGCAUGGCUACAGGAAGGCUCGAUCAGACAAAAUAUUCUAUUUAAGUAUCGUCUCGAUAAACGGCGGUACUCGAAAGUGAUCACAAAAUGCUGCCUCGAAACAGAUCUAAAACUUUUUGCCCAAGGAGAUGCCAGUGAAGUGGGUGAAAGAGGUAUGCUUCUUUCGGGCGGUCAGAAACAACGAGUGAGCAUUGCCCGAGCUGUCUACAGCCAAUCGGAUUUAAAUCUUUUUGAUGACCCUCUAAGUGCGCUCGAUAGCGCAGUCGCAGAGAAGAUUUUCCGCGGGGUGAUCUCAAAUAGUGGUAUGUUGAAAGGAACGACAAGGAUUCUCGCUACGCACAAUACAGGCUUCCUGCCGUUCUGUGAUCGAAUUGUUGUAUUGGACGCCGGUCGUAUCGCGCACAUGGGUACAUUUGAGGAGCUCAAGAAUAAACUCGAUCUCCGUAGGGUCUGUCGCACGGGUGAGGCCACUGAUUUAACGGAUCUUCAGUCUACGCGGGUCCUAUCGUUUCUUCAGCUCGCAGCUGCGGACGCCAAGGCUGAGAUCAACAGCGACAAGCGACUGCGUGCCGAGGAGGCCGCCAGCGCAACAGGAAUUUCUGGUUGGUCAACCUACUUGAAGUUAGUGAAGUACAUUGGGAUCAUUACUGUAGUAAUCUUCCUGAUUGGCUAUGCUGCGUACCGCGGAUUUGAUAUAGGAAGCAACGUAUGGGUAAGGAAAUGGGUGACCAAUAUUUACGAAAUGUCGAGAAAUUCGACACUAUCAGAUCCGGAGAAAGAAGAAGCGUAUCACGCUAUUAUGACUGAGGGCUUAGAAAUAUACAUCGCGCUCGGCGGCGCUUCGACCUUUUCUGUGUUUAUUGGAUUUCUUUUUCUAUCAUUGGGCUGCCAUAAGGCAGCCUUUAACAUGCACAAAGAUAUGCUGUCGGCUGUGAUGCGCGCUCCACUGAAUUUUUUUGACACGACGCCAGUGGGUCGAAUUAUAAAUCGCUUCAGUAACGACGUGACCGUCAUGGAUCUAGAAAUUCAUCGUGCCCUGGACGACUUCAUCGCGUUUCUCUUUGCUAUCAUCGGUUGCGCGCUUCUUGUGACUUACCAAUUGCCAGUAAUGGUAUUUUUCGUUAUUCCAGGCGCAAUGGCCUUCAUGUACGUCAGGAAAAUAUUUUUGGAAGCUGCGCGGAAAUCCAGACGUCUGGCACUCAUAAGUCUUUCACCAGUGCUCAAUGCUUUUUCUGAAGCAUUAUACGGAGUCUCUGUAAUUAGAGCAUUUGAGGCUGAAGAAAUGUUGUUGGAAAGAAAUCAUCUUCGGAUUAACGUCAGUCAGAAUACGUUCCUUCACAGCCUGAUCACCAUUCGAUGGGCGACUGUUCGUAUCGAUCUUAUCAAUGCUCUUGUAGUUUUAGCCAUGUGUAUGCUGCUUGUCUAUAACCACGAGGAUCUCGGACCUGCCCGUGUAGGUCUUCUUGUGUCGUACGUAAUGACUGUAACUCGAUUUAUGUCACGUUUUGUUGAGUCUUGCACCAUUUUGGAGGGUAGCAUUGUCUCAGCUGAACGCCUAAUCGAAUACUCAAAGAUCGCUCCUGAGGCUUCGUGGACUAAAGGACUGAUGGUCCUGCCUGCAGUGUGGCCUUCUGCGGGUCUGGUCGAAUUCAAAAAUUACUCAAGCAGAUAUGGAGACAGCAAGAAUCUUUGUCUAAAAAAUCUGAACCUAAAAAUCCCGCCUGGUCAUAAAGUUGGUGUAGUUGGCCGAACCGGUGCGGGCAAAAGCUCACUGACUCUCGCACUAUUUCGAAUCAUCGAGCCUGCAAGUGGUCAGAUACUGAUUGAUGGCAUAGAUACGUCUAAACUAGCGCUACACGACCUCCGGAAACGACUGACAAUCAUCCCCCAGGAUCCCAUUUUGUUUGAAGGAACGCUUCGAUCUAAUCUUGACCCAGACGGGGUGUUUUCUGAUGAAAGCAUUGAAAGAGCAGCACGUUCGGCCCAUCUUAGACAUGACCUAAGCCUUGACACAGUCAUUACUGAAGGUGGGUCUAAUCUGUCUCUGGGUGAACGGCAACUGGUCUGUUUGGGACGUGCACUACUCCGCAAGUCGAAGCUACUCGUUCUUGACGAGGCAACUGCAGCCGUAGACUUGCAUACUGAUCUGCUGAUACAAACGACAAUCCGCGAGGUCUUCAGUAAUUCAACUAUAAUUACUGUGGCUCACAGACUUUUGACCAUCCUCGAUUAUGACAUGGUUGUAGUGAUGUCUGCGGGAGAAAUUAUAGAGAAAGGGAGACCGUUGGCUCUUAUUGAAGACGUUAAUACACAGUUCUAUAAAAUGGCCCGUGACGCUCGAUUGGUGCCUGAAGAUUAAGAUGGUUUACGUGUAUUGU